AUGAGCUCUAUUGAUGAGAAGCCUCUUUCAUGGUUCAUCAGACUGAUUCAUGAUACUUGCAUUCAUUUGAAUAAAUCUAUGUUGCUCCUCUGCUUAUUCCACUCCAAUUCUACAAUGAGCUCUAUUGAUGAGAAGCCUCUUUCAUGGUUCAUCAGACUGAUUCAUGAUACUUGCAUUCAUUUGAAUAAAUCUAUGUUGCUCCUCUGCUUAUUCCACUCCAAUUCUACAAUGAGCUCUAUUGAUGAGAAGCCUCUUUCAUGGUUCAUCAGACUGAUUCAUGAUACUUGCAUUCAUUUGAAUAAAUCUAUGUUGCUCCUCUGCUUAUUCCACUCCAAUUCUACAAUGAGCUCUAUUGAUGAGAAGCCUCUUUCAUGGUUCAUCAGACUGAUUCAUGAUACUUGCAUUCAUUUGAAUAAAUCUAUGUUGCUCCUCUGCUUAUUCCACUCUAAUUCUACAAUGAGCUCUAUUGAUGAGAAGCCUCUUUCAUGGUUCAUCAGACUGAUUCAUGAUACUUGCAUUCAUUUGAAUAAAUCUAUGUUGCUCCUCUGCUUAUUCCACUCUAAUUCUACAAUGAGCUCUAUUGAUGAGAAGCCUCUUUCAUGGUUCAUCAGACUGAUUCAUGAUACUUGCAUUCAUUUGAAUAAAUCUAUGUUGCUCCUCUGCUUAUUCCACUCUAAUUCUACAAUGAGCUCUAUUGAUGAGAAGCCUCUUUCAUGGUUCAUCAGACUGAUUCAUGAUACUUGCAUUCAUUUGAAUAAAUCUAUGUUGCUCCUCUGCUUAUUCCACUCUAAUUCUACAAUGAGCUCUAUUGAUGAGAAGCCUCUUUCAUGGUUCAUCAGACUGAUUCAUGAUACUUGCAUUCAUUUGAAUAAAUCUAUGUUGCUCCUCUGCUUAUUCCACUCUAAUUCUACAAUGAGCUCUAUUGAUGAGAAGCCUCUUUCAUGGUUCAUCAGACUGAUUCAUGAUACUUGCAUUCAUUUGAAUAAAUCUAUGUUGCUCCUCUGCUUAUUCCACUCUAAUUCUACAAUGAGCUCUAUUGAUGAGAAGCCUCUUUCAUGGUUCAUCAGACUGAUUCAUGAUACUUGCAUUCAUUUGAAUAAAUCUAUGUUGCUCCUCUGCUUAUUCCACUCUAAUUCUACAAUGAGCUCUAUUGAUGAGAAGCCUCUUUCAUGGUUCAUCAGACUGAUUCAUGAUACUUGCAUUCAUUUGAAUAAAUCUAUGUUGCUCCUCUGCUUAUUCCAAAUUCUAAUUCUACAAUGA